GCAACGAAUGACAACAACAACCAGAUGACAACACAGAAAACUUUCCUUGCACAGUCGGCAGACAACCAAUCAAUUUAUUCCACGGAGAUCGAACGCAAAUCGGAAAAGAAACUAAAUAUUACAGUGGCUAUGCUUUAAAAUAACUUCCAAUUAUCACGGCUACCAAAUAAUAAUGAAGUCUAGUGUGGUGACGGUGGUGUUUGGUCUGCUAGUAAGUUUGACUUACGUCUCAGCUCAUGAUGCAAAAGGAUUCGAUGAUACGGUUCUGUUUAAUUUGGCCUGGCACGGAAAGGAUGAUCUACUGUCCAACAUGAUAGGCGAUGAGGAAAUUACGGUUACUACUACCAAUAAGGAAAAGUACAAAUGCAUCAUUCCAUCGAUUGCCACGAAAGAGUCGGAAGGAGAUGUCCAAUACAACGGCCCAAGUCCGAUCGAUCUGCUGGUUCCACUGUUCAGUCACUCCACCUGCUCGUACCGCAUCGAGAGCUAUUGGACGUAUGAAGUUUGCCACGGGAAUUAUAUCAAACAAUACCAUGAAGAACGUCACGAGAAAACGAGCAAAUUGCAGGAAUAUUACCUAGGGAAGUGGGACAAGCAGAAAACGGCCGAUCUCGUAGCUCUGUAUAAGAAGGCAGAAGCCGAGGAGGAAAAACUAAAAUACAAAAAGAUCGACGGACUGAACCUGCCCUAUUUGGAGCUAGAGAUGGAUUCCGGGACCGUCUGCGAUUUGAACGGUGAGCCGCGGGUGACCAAGGUUCUGUAUGUGUGCUAUUUGCACGGGAAAAACGAAGUUUAUUCCUUGAAGGAAACCUCCACCUGCAACUACGAGGUGAUCAUUCUGACACCGAUGCUUUGCGCGCAUCCCAAGUAUAAACCACAGGAAACGGAAGAAAACAAAAUCAACUGCGUUGCUUUGAACGAUUCACCGAAGAAGCCGAAAAAUCUUCUGAUGAUGGAGAUCGAAAGCAUGCGGAUCAAGUACCAAAAACUGACGGAAGUGCGAGAAAACCUUAGAGAUGCUAUUGCGGUAAUUAAUUUUGAUGAGGAUAUCCCCUUUAAGAGAGAGUUGUUUCCCAACGAUAUUCCCAUCAUCGAGGCUUUGAAUCAGAAGUUGCCACACGCGACCGGUCUCGCAGAAGAGGACAGCACCAGUAGCACUAAUCCAAUGGAUGCGUUCUCGAAAAAAAUGAGAAAAUCCAAGGAACUCAAACCACUUCUAGAAUUCUUAGAUGGAGUCCAUUGUCUUAAUGGCGGUUCUGGCUGGUGGAAGUUUGAACUUUGCUACGGCAAACACGUGCGACAGUAUCACGAUGAAACCUCUAUUUAUCUGGGCUACUUCAACAAGGAAAAACAUCUUGAGUGGCUGGAUAAAAACCCUGCGAUUAAAAACAAGCGCAAGAAUGAAAAUCAGCUGAGCAACUUCUACAGUGGAGGCGAUGUUUGUGAGAAAAUUUCGCUUGCCAGACAAGUCGAGGUCAAGCUAAAGUGUACGGAACAUUCUGCUAGUUCCAAUGCAAUUGCACUAUAUCUGUUGGAACCGAGGCCGUGUGAGUAUAUUCUUAACGUCGAAUCAUCGCUCAUCUGCGACAUCCUACCGUACGCUGAGGAAAACAUGCUGCUUCCCGAGAGCCUUCAGAAGCUCGACGAAGAAACUUUGUACAUUAUUGAUAGUAGUAAUAUAAAUAAUUGAAAAAUCUAAAA